AUUAACACAAUGAACAGACUACAGGGAUUGCAGAGCCGUGUGUGUACCUUGCUGUUGGCGCUGUGCUGGGACACUGUGCUGGCCCUGCCUCUGGACUGUAAGGACGAGUCAGGCGGUUCGGCGCACUGCGCCUCCAUCCCCCAGGAGAAGUUGCUGGACCGGGUCAUCCAGCACGCCGAGCUCAUUUACCGCGUGUCCGAGGAGUCCUGCUCUCUCUUUGAAGACAUGUUUGUGCCCUUCUCGAUGCGCACUGUGAGGAACCAGGCAGGGAGCACAUGCAUCACUAAGCCGUUCCCCAUCCUCGCCUCCAAGAGUGAGAUCCAGCAAACAUCGGACAAGUGGCUUCUGCACUCCGUGCUGCUGUUGGUGCAGUCCUGGAUUGAGCCGCUCAUCUACCUUCAGACCACCUUGAAUCACUAUGACAACGCCCCGGACACUCUAAUCAACAAGACCAAGUGGGUGUCGGAGAAGCUGUUGAGCCUGGAGCAAGGCUUGCUGGUCCUGAUCCGAAAGAUGCUAAAUGAGGGAAUGCUCAUGCCGUCAGUGUACGAACCGAGCCUGCUGCAGUCGGACCUACCGCCGGACAUGCUGGACUCCAUCCUGCGCGACUACAACCUGCUCAACUGCUUCAAGAAGGACGCCCACAAGAUCGAGACCUUCCUGAAGCUGCUCAAGUGUCGCCAAAGUGACAAACUCAGCUGCCUGGUUUACUGAACUCUUUAAACCCUGAGACAGCACCUCUGAAAUACCCGACACCUCAAUCCUAUCACAAGGCUAAAGACGAGGCUUCUCAAGAGUUUUGCCAAUUCUGUUUUUUGUGUUUUUUCCCCCCAUAAAUAUAAAUAUAAAGGCCAUAUCUUUACCCUGCCAAGUUGCCAGACUGUUGUGUCAUACUCGAGAAGUAGUUUACUACUUUAAGAAAAUCAGGUUACUGGCAGUGUUGUGUUUUUUUCUUUUCUUUGCUAAGGGAGAGACAGAGGGUACUCCCUCAGGAAAAUUUGCAUGUUGCUCUUUCACCGAAUCUGCAUAUUUUGCCAUUGAUUUCCUUAUCCUUUGUUCUUAACAAGUUUGCAUUCCUUCCUAGCUUCUUGCUGUGCUGCGUUAUUCCCUAGUGACUCAGUGAAUAUGCACAGAUCCUCGGCUUUGAGUCUAGCUGGCUUCACCUCCACAUUAGUGAAGUAAAAACCUUUUCCAGCUCAGACAAGACAGCGAAUAGAAAAGCAUUCUCCACUAUAGUUAAGAAAGCUACAGGGCAUACAGGAGAUAUUGUAUUGUGGAUAGCACUCUGAAAUUUGGACACGUAGAAUUCAAACUUAUGCUCAUCCAUACUCACCUUCUACAGCUGGCAAGAGGUAAAAUAUAACAAUAUGCACAUUUUCCGGCAGCCAGAUUUUUUUAGGCAAAAUGGUAAAUUUUAUGCCGUGUUAAGUGAAAUGGUUUUGCUAAUUCCAUUUCUUGAGUCAUGUUGAAAAAAUGGUUUACCUCAUGAGGCUUUGCAGGAAAACAUUGUCCAGAAUUUCCAAAACCCCACACUUGUUAUUCCAACCCUUGCCCUUAUAAAUGAGUAAUAUUCCAUCGUUAUGAAAGCGUGCAGUACACACUUUGGAGCUUACAGAAGGGAGGGCAACAACUCAAGUUUAGUUGGCAACACAGAUCACAGAGAUCAUAGAGAUACAGUCUGUGCUGUAUUUUCACCAGUGGCUUUGGUCUAGUCCAGUUCAUGUGCAAUGAAAGUUCCUUUCUGUAAUGCUUGCUUUUUUUUUAACGAGGCAAAAUGACCUUGAUUACAUAUUUGAAGUUUAAUUAUGAGAUGAAGGUCUUCAGAUGUCGUAAGUGCAAAAGUGCCUCAUGCAAAUUUUACAUCUCCCAGUUUUGAAACUAUCUAGGGUACA